UACAGUGCAUCUGACCCUUCACCCACUUCCAGCACUGAGUUCUCACGCUUCUCAGCGCUAUAUAAGGCUGAAAUAACCGAGCCUACCUUACCCACGGCUUCACGACUAGCAGCAGCCACUCACAAAUCAGGAUGUUAUCCUAUCUUACUCGCUGGAUGUCCAGAGGUGCUUUCCAGGCACUGAAGGGGGCAAGCAGUCGGCCUCAACUGGUCAAGACACCUCAUAUUGGGAAUCAGACUCUGGCAGCGGCUCCUCUGCCCUUCACUGGGGGGAGUCCAAGAGUAAGGCAGGCCCGGGCACUGGACCAGGAGAGACUACUGCAGAUUGAUUGGGAUGAUGGAAGUUGUAGUUUGUAUCCAUUCACCUGGUUAAGGGAUAACUGCCAGUGUCCUCACUGCACACUGCAGUCCGCACAAGCACGCUGUCUGCUGUACACAAAUCUGGACGUGCACACUGGAAUGGACCAAGUACAGCUGAUGGACAAUAAGGUGUCCAUUACUUGGCCUGAUCAGCACAGUAGUGAGUUUGAUCCUGACUGGCUGAAGAAACGGUGUUUUUCCUCUGAGGCAAGACAGGCUCAGCAAGAGGAGCUCUUCCUUAAUGAGCGUGAAUACUGGGAUUCAAGUCUGCAGAUCCCUACAGCUGACUUUGAGGAAGUUCUACAUGAUGACAAGGCUGCCCUGGCCUGGCUAGAGGCUCUGAGACGCAUUGGCAUUGUCUACCUGAGGGGGGCGCCAGCAGAGCAGGGCCAGGUGGCCAGACUGAGUCAGAGGAUUGGCUAUCUACGCCUCACCUUUUAUGGACACACAUGGCAAGUGCAGGACAAGCCCAUGGCUAACAAUGUUGCCUACACUUCUGGAGAAUUGAGCCUGCACACAGAUUACCCUGCUCUGCACCAUCCACCUGGAGUGCAGUUCCUGCAUUGUGUCCGUCAGGCUGCUCAGGGCGGAGAGAGUGAAGUGGUUGAUGGGUUUCACAUGGCGGAGCAGCUCCGCAGGGAGGAUCCUGAGGCGUUUAACAUCCUCUCCUCGCUCAGGGUGGAUUUCACAGACAGCGGUGCUGACUACUGUGACUUCAGCGUGCAGUCCAAAAACCACAUUAUAGAUGUGGACUCUGAGGGUCGGGUGACGAGGAUCAACUAUAACAACGCCACACGAGACUCGGUGCUGGAUAUGCCUGUGCAUCAGGUUCAGCCCUUCUACUCGUCUCUAAAGGCCUUUGUGGAGCUGCUCAGCAGGCCUGAAAACGUGUUCACAUACAGAAUGGAACCAGGUGACUUGGUGACUUUUGAUAACUGGCGUCUGUUGCAUGGCCGAAAGAGCUACCUGUCACGAGGUCAGAACUCCAGACAUCUUGAAGGAGCAUAUCUGGACUGGGAUGAGGUCAUGUCCCGUCUCAGGAUCCUCCGGAAAGCUGUCCGUGGAGAUAGGUAGACACUUCUCUUCAUCCUCCACACUACAGUGACAGUUAUGAUAGGAAGCAAAGUUGAUGUCUAAUCCGUACUCUGGAUUUAGGCUAGCGUUGCUUCGUGAUAACUUUAAAAACAUCUCUUCACUGUAGAAAGCUUCAGGGCCUAGGGAUAUUUUCUGUUGGGCAUAUAAGUUUUGGCAAGUGGAUAUUUGUUAAUAUAAUACUAUAAUUGCUUUUUUUUCUGAAGGGGUCUUGGAGUCUUCAGCUCUUAGAAAGUGCAGUCAUUUUCUUUGUCUUGACGUAUUACUUGUUCUUUGGUAAAAGGGACAGUUUGCCAGAGGUAAUUUGGUUUUAGUCUUCAUAUGCUAAUGACGAUCACAAGUGAUGGUGAAAUUUUGUUUAAAACUAAAUAUUUAGCAUAUGUAUGGACAACUGCCCAAAAUAUGGUUCUAGUUUGAACUAAUUCAGUGGGUUCAUUCUAAAGCACGAAUGUUUUCAUCAGUUAGUCCAUGUUGUAACAAAAGUGACAUCUCUGGCACAGUUUGAGAUUUAGUUUGUGAUGUAUAUAAUUUUCCCUUUUAUGUAUUUCACAUAUGGUGUCAACAGAACUAAACGUUUUUAGCCAACCUUUGUUUUUUACAGGGAUUAUUGUUUCAACGGUCAGUACUUUUCCCUCUCCUCCACACAAACAUUCUUGUAAGACCAAUCAUGAUUAAUGGUAGUUGGUAGUUUCCCCUUUUAUUCUCUAAUGAACCAUACAGUUUAUAUUUGCUUGUAUUGUAAAUAGUAGUUUGGACAAUAAUGAGACAUUGACUCUUAAAGAGAAAAAUGUUUUUGUGGUACAAAAUCUUUUAUAAGCUGAUGUCCAAAACAAAGUGUCAACAAAGUUUGAUAUACUGUAUGGAGAUCGGGUAUUUCAUCAGUACUUGUAUACUGAUUAUAGACCAGUAGACCUUAAGCUCUUUGAUACUUGAAAAGGCCUCAAAUAUGAAAAUUUUAAAGAAAGAAAAACUGGCCAAUUUGUACUAAAUGCAGUAACAAUGCAAAUAUAGCUUAUGUGGCUAAUGACUGUAAUUAGCAAAUUAGUUGCAAACCAGCUAUAGCCUAAUUUUUUUGUAAAUACAAAAUGUCGAUAUUUAAAAAGCUCAGGAUUUUGAGCACCUCCGGUAGGCUUUUUUGGAUGGGCCUCUAUGUAACAAUGCAAUGUUUAUAAAAAAAAUAUGCUGGAAUUGAAGUGUUUCAAUGAUUUAGGAGGACGCUGACAGAGAUUAUUUUUUUCCCCAAACCCCAAAAUGUAUAGUGGUGAUUAUUGUGUUAUGACAAUGUUAUAUUUAUAUUUGAUGAUUUUAUAGUUAGUUAUCCAUUUAAAGUAUUUGACAAAUGGCUUUUUAAAAGCACAAUAAACUUAGUUUUUAUAUGGUCAGAAAAAAAUCCCUUAAUAGAUAAAUUUAUUAUGUGACCGCUGAAUAUUAAUUGUAAUUCAUGCAGUAACAAUAUGCACACUCACAGAAUCGGGUCGGACAUCUUUUAUUUCCAUAUUGCCAAAGCUGUACAGGUUCUAUAAAUAUUUUUAAAUGCUGAAAUAUUUACAUCCAUGUCUCUAUUUUUUUCCUUUCCCUCUUGUUCUAAACAAUAGGCUAAAAUGAAAGCCCAAAUAAUGUGCAACUGUAUCUCUCACACUUUCAAACAACAUACCUGAUCCACUGUCCAACUCAAAACAUCCGUUUUAGGAGACUUGGACUCUGGGAAAUCAGUUUUGUGCUAUUUACAUCUCUAAACCAAUACUGAGUGGGCUCAAGUCCAUUUACAGUCUGCAUACAACAACUCAAUUGAAUGGAGAUGCAAAACAACACUUCAUACAUUUAAAUUAUUAAAAAUGUGAGCAAAACAUAAAAGAACAUUAAAAUAUGUAAAUGUGACAGCUGUACUGCCAAAUCUAGUAGUCAAAAAGAGAUGAAACGAGAAAAUCUGCACCUCUAUGAACAGACACAAUCUCUUGCCAUCUGUGUUUCUAACACAAACACACACAAUCCCACAGACACACACAAACGGGAAGAGGACACUUCAAACAGGACAUUUUGGACA